ACAAUCGUCGUCACUUUUCCUCAAGUAGGAAGUGCAGUCUGUGAGUGAGUUGGAGCCUUCGGUUUUGUUUUGUUUUGUUUCUCCGUUUCCCAUUAAAAGCAUCGAUGUUUUAUGUAGUAAAAUGAAAGCUCGGCCAUGGACAUCUUUACUGCACUGCAUCCUGGUCUCAGGGCUGAUCGUGGAGGCCAUAGAGCCCGUGUCCACAUCACUGCUGGUGGGAACAGGAGCUGCUAUGCUAGGCAGGACAAUAUAUCGCUAUUUAUAUGAAACGUGUGAUGAGAACUGGGUCAACUUUAAUGCAACAGGACUGAAGUAUGACCUCGACACCAAGCUGUACGGGCAGCACGUUGCAGCUCAGGUCAUCCUGAAAGCCGUCACGGGCUUCAUGAAGAACGAAAACCCGAAGAAACCUCUGGUUCUGUCGCUCCACGGCUGGACCGGGACUGGGAAGAACUUCGUGAGCCAGCUGAUAGCCGAAAAUAUAUACGAGAAAGGGAUGUCGAGCAGUUUUGUUCAUCUGUUUACAGCAACGGCACACUUUCCUCACGAGAUGCACAUCAACACAUACAAGACCCAGUUACAGGAGUGGGUAAAGGGGAACGUAUCCAUCUGCCCACGGUCCAUGUUCAUCUUUGAUGAAAUGGAUAAAAUGCAUCCCGGGCUGAUCGACAGUAUAAAGCCUUACCUGGACUUCUACGACAAUCUGAACGGAGUAUCGUACAGACAGGCCAUCUUCAUUUUCCUCAGUAACGCCGGCGGUGAGAAUAUCGUUCAGGUGGCUCUGGAUUUCUGGAGGGACGGGAGAGAGCGAGAGGAGAUGCAGCUGAAGGAUCUGGAGACGGCACUGACACUGUCCGUCUUCAACAACAGAAACAGUGGUUUCUGGCACACUAGUUUAAUCGAUAAGAACCUGGUGGAUUUCUUUGUGCCGUUCCUCCCUCUGGAGUACAAGCACAUCGUUCAAUGCGGUUUGUCCGAGAUGGUCUCCAAGGGUCACGUCCCGGAUAGAGAAGUGGUUGAGAUGAUGGCCCACGACCUGAACUACUUCCCUAAAGAGGAGCGCGUCUUCUCCAUGCAGGGCUGCAAGGUCAUCCCCAGCAGGCUGGACUUCUAUGUUUGAGCGAGAGGGAACAAAGAAAGACUCAAAAACAGCAAACUGGUUAUCGUCUGUGUGCUUUUUUCACAGAAAUCCCUUCUGUUAUUCUGCAAUAGAAAGAACUGGAGCGGAAUUGCUCCCCAGACAUUACAGCUUUACAUGAUGCCA